UAAUUUUUAAAAAUUUAGCAAAAAUAUUGCCUCGGGUGAGGAUCGAACUCACGACCUUAAGAUUAUGAGACUUACGCGCUGCCUACUGCGCUACCGAGGCUGGGUGAUAAGUGAGGUAGAGUUCUAGUUUAGAUACAGUGGUAUAGUAUUUUGAUAUAAAUAUCAAUGUGAGUGCACACAUGCUCUUGUGAUUGGUAAACAGAACAACGUGCUUUUAACAUAAUCAAGAUAUACAUAGAAUUAGGUUAGAAUGUUGAGUCCUGAAGUAUGGAAUUUUAAACCACCUCAACAUUAUUUCAAUGUUGAAAAAUUAGAUAAUAAGAAAAAAGACGUUCCUGUUAUAAUUAAAAAGCAUUAUUUCAAUCAUGUAGUUUCUUUAAUACUUCCACAAUCAAGUAAUAUACCUGAUAUUGUGACAAAUAGCAUUUCAGAUGAUAGUGAUUAUUAUAAAAUUAAAGACCUUCACGUUUCUGAAUUAUUGAACAAACAAUUUAUUGAUGCAUUUGUUAAAAAAGGAGAAUUAACACUUCUAGCAAUUGGAAAUAAAAUCGAUUUAUCUAAUGCCAUAGCUAUUACUCCAAGUGGUAUUUUGAUAAUUUCAUUGAUACGCGAAGAUUUUUAUAAGCUUGGAUUAGAAGGAAAUGCGUCUUUCUUUGAUCGUAAAAUAAAUACACGGAAUGUCGUGGAAAUUGAUUUAACAGCUGAAUAUUUUCAACCUGGUAAGAAAAAUUAUGAACGUGUUAAAACAGCGUUAGAGAAUUACCUUGAUCUGAUUUUUGAUGUAAUAUUAAUAUGGGAACCACCAGAUGAAAAUCUGUGCCCGUCUUCAGUUGCUGCAUGGUUUCACCAACGUGGAUAUAGUGUUUCACUUUGUCGUCAAAAACUUUCAUACAGAAGUGAAAAUCGUGUUAAUAUACCUAUUGUUACAGAUAGUUUUAAUUUGAAUGACGACUUUUUCGAAUGGCUUGGUGUGUUUAGUAUUUUCGGAGAUAUAAAAAAUGAAGAAACAUCCGAAUAUGUAAAUACGUAUGAAUGCCCGAAACCAAAUAUACUUGUAGAUCAAGUAAAAUAUCUACAAUAUACAGGAUUUUUUUCUAGACAAAGAGCGAUAAAAAUUUAUAAUACCGUAAGGGAAUAUGUAUUAUCACAAAAAAAUUUACCAUGGUGCAGUUUACACGUGCAAGGAUUUUCUGAUAGUCCUGUUAGUUGGGAUUUGAAAGAACAUACAUUUUUUACAGAUGGUGAUAAUAGUUAUACCAUUUUAUUUAAUCCCAACGCCGAAUGUAUUAUAAGAAAAAGUUUAAGUUCUAACAAUAAAUUAAGAAUCGCUUGAUAAAUUUUCAUUGUGUUAAUAUUCCUCUACCAGUCUUUUAUAUAGAUACAUAUAUAUAUUAAGCAAAAUAAAUUCAAUCAAAAAAUGAAAAAUAAAAUGAC